AUGUUGAGACAAGUCAUUGCCAAUACUAGAGUAUCUGUUCGCCAACCUGAAUGCGCAAGAUUUCUAUCCACUACACGCCAGUUAUUCACCAAGGAUCACUUGAAGAAAGACCAAAAUGCUGCUGAGAAAGCUGAACAAAAAAUGUUCGAUGAGAACCAAAAAGAUCUUGAACAACUUGAACACGGUAAGAGCACCAAAUCCCAUAACUACAAGUGUGAUGACUUAAGAGAAAAGGGUGAGAACGCAAGAAUUGAGCAGAAUAGACCAGAUGAUGGUGUCUACUAA